AUGAAAGCACGGCCAAAGUUAGAAUUCGAAAAGGAUCCCGGGUUUGUUCGAAUCGAUUCUUACGAUGAAAAUGAAGUCGAUCGCAUUGCCCUGUGUUUUGCCGGACGUUCGCUGUUCAUUACCGGUGGUACAGGAUUUAUGGGCAAGGUGUUGGUGGAGAAAUUGCUGAGGUCAUGCGGCGAUUUAAAGAAAAUGUAUCUGUUGGUUCGACCAAAGAAAGGCAGAGAACCCAUUGAACGUAUUAAGGAUAUGUUGGAUAAUGUGCUAUUCGACAAGCUAAAGGAAAUGCGAGGCCUAGAUUGGAUCCUCAGUAAAAUUGAAGCCAUACCCGGCGAUGUUAUGCUACCCGAGCUGGGAAUAUCCAAAGAAGACGCCGAGACUUUGCGUAACGAAGUGUCCCUGGUAAUGCACUGCGCCGCCACUAUAAGAUUUGACGAACCCCUACGCUAUGCUGUCUUCAUGAAUGUACGCGGUACCAAAUAUAUGUUGGAUCUAGCAAAGACCUUCAAAAAAUUAGAUGGGUUCUGUUAUGUCUCCACCUCGUACUGCCAUUUACAUGUGAAGACCCUCUACGAGAAGCCGUAUGAUCCCCCUGCCGAUCCCCACUCAGUUAUGAGUGUUUGUGAAUGGCUAACCGAUGAAGAUAUCAGUUCAAUUGAAAAGAAAAUUUUAGGUGACAUCCCCAACACCUAUGCCUAUACCAAAGCCCUCGCAGAGGCUUUAGUUGUAGAGACAUUCGAUACAAUGCCCACGGCAAUAUUACGACCAUCAAUUGUUAUACCCAUAUGGCGAGAACCGGUACCCGGUUGGACAGAUAAUAUAAAUGGUCCGACAGGGUUGUUGAUUGCAGCCGGUAAGGGCGUGCUACGUACAAUGUAUUGUCAAGAAAGUGGUUAUGGUGAUUUUUUGCCGGUUGAUGUUGCGGUCAAUGGUAUGUUGGUGGCUACAUGGCGUUUCCUAUCACCAGAAUUGGGACCAUUGGAGACACGUGUCGCCCAUAUGACCAGUUCGAAUGAGAUUAAAGUUUCAUGGUCGGAAAUUAUUGAAAUCGGCCGUUGGGUUAUUGCAAAUCGUGUACCUUUGAAUGGUGUGGCUUGGUAUCCGGGCGGUUCGAUGAAAUCGAAUUAUAUACAUCAUUGGAUUUGUAUGAUAUUGUUCCAUUGGAUUCCGGCGCUAUUGGUUGAUUUUCUGCUGGUGCUGUUGAGAUAUCCGCCGGUUUUGAUAAAGGUCCAAAAACGCAUUUACAAAGGUUUCGCCGUAUUCGAAUAUUAUGCCAACAAUGUGUGGAAUUUUGAUAAUCGAGAAGCCAUCAAGUUACGAAAACUCAUGAAUAAUCGGGAGCGUCUAACCUAUGUCAUCGAGAAGGUCGAAUUCGAUUUGUACGAUUAUUUCACUGAGUGUCUGUUGUGUGCUCGCCGUCUGAUAUUGAAGGAGACUGAUGAUACAAUCCCAGCUGCCAAGAGACAUAUGAAAAUCAUGUGGUGGGUGGAUAAGAUCUUCAAGUAUGCCUGCUACUUUGGCAUUCUGUAUUUCAUAUAUCGCCGUUUCAUAUCGGAUUUCCUCUUCGACAGCUCAACAUAG